AUGUCGGGCGGUCCAACAACAAAUCGUCCAUUGACAAAAACUUAUUGUGAAUCGUGUCGCAAAGUUUUUACACCACGAGAUGCUAUGCAAAUAUUUCAGGAUAGAUAUUAUCAUCCACAUUGUUUUUGUUGUUCACAAUGUGGUAAUUCAUUAGCUGGAAGACCAUUUUAUCCUAAACCAAAUAAUCAAUUUCAAUGUGAACGAUGUAAUAAUGCACUCGCUCCUAUUUGCUUUAUGUGUAAUCAAAAGAUACCAUCGGGUACAACAGCUAAACGAUUUAAAGAUCGUCAUUUUCAUAGUGAUUGUUUUCGUUGUUGCAAAUGUACUGCAGUUAUACCUGAUGGUCAUAAUUUCGUCGAUUUGCUAGAUGGACGAUAUGAAUGUUUAACAUGUUCGAAGCAUAUUACUGGCAUUUAUCAAGGCAAAGAACAUGCACCACAUUUAGAAAAUAUAUAUGGUGAAAUAACUAUUGUACAAGGCGAUCAAGCAGGUCGUAUACCAAUAUGUGACAAAUGUACACGACCUGUAACAAGUCAAGAAGAAGCAUUUAAACAUGAGACACGUUAUUAUCAUCUUGAAUGUGCUCGUUGUAAUCGAUGUCGUAAGAAACUUUUUAAAAUACCAUGUAGAAAACUUGGUUCUGCAUUAGUUUGUCAUACAUGCUCAUAA